CCUGUGUGCCUGGCUCAUGUGAGCUCUUCCUGGAAGUGAAGUCGUGCAGUCCUGAACACGGACCAGGCCUCCUUGGCCUGGGAUUCUGGAGUGAUCACCACGGGCAACGUGUUUGGGUUUCUCAGGGAAAUCUCUCAGUCAAUCGUGGCUGAGUCUCAGCAGCUCCCAGCAGAACCUGCUGAGGAGAGGGAAGAGAACACUAUGAAGAGGGACAGAAAGCAGCCGAGAGAACAUCUUACCGCCUGGGACUACCCUCAUGGGCUGGUUGGUUUACACAACAUUGGACAGACAUGCUGCCUUAACUCCCUGAUUCAGGUAUUCAUAAUGAACAGGGACUUCACCAAGAUAUUGAAGAGGAUAACAGUGCCGAGGGAAAAUGAAGAGCAGAGGAGAAGUGUCCCUUUCCAGCUGCUUUUGCUGCUAGAGAAGAUGCAGGACAGCCGGCAAAAAGCAGUACGACCCCUGGAGUUUGCCUCCUGCCUCCGGAAGUACAAAGUGCCAUUGUUUAUCCAGCACGAUGCUGCUCAACUCUACCUCACAAUCUGGAACCUAAUUAAGGACCAAAUCACUGAUGUGGACUUGGUAGAGAGGCUUCAGUCCCUGUAUACAAUCAAGAUGAAGGAGUCCUUGAUUUGCCUUGAUUGCACAAUGGAGAGUAGCAGGAACAGUAGCAUGUUAACCCUGCCCCUUUCUCUCUUUGGUGUGGACUCAAAGCCCCUGAAAACACUGGAAGAUGCCCUGCAGUAUUUCUUCCAGCCCAGGGAGUUAUCACGCACAAGUAAGUGCUUCUGCCAGACCUGUGGGAAGAAGACCCAAAGGAAACAGGUCUUGAAGCUGACCCAUUUGCCCCAGACUUUGACGAUCCACCUCAUGCGAUUCUCUAUCAGACAUUCACAGACUAACAAGGUGUACCACUCACUGUAUUUCCCAGAGAGCUUGGAUUUCAGUCAGGUUCUUCAAACUAAGCAAGACCUCUCUGAUAAGGAGGAACAGUCUGGAGGACAGUACGAACUCUUUGCUGUGAUUGCCCACAUAGGAAGGGCUGACUGCGGUCAUUACUGUGCCUACAUCAGGAAUUCUGUGGAUGGAAAAUGGUUCUGCUUCAAUGACUCCAAUAUUUGCUGCGUGUCGUGGGAAGAUAUCCAGUGCACCUAUGGAAAUCGUACCUACCUCUGGCAGGAAACUGCAUAUCUUCUGGUAUACAUGAAGAGUGAGUUCUAAUGGAUAUACCCUAAACCUUCACAGACCUGACAAACUGUCAUUUUCCUUUUCUAUUCCUGGAUCUGCUUAGGCCAACAGAUUUUGCAACAAGGAGAAACAUCAUUUUUGAACUGUAUAAGUAAACCUUACUUAUAAUCAGGGGUAAUUAUCAAAAUAUUUCACAAUGGGGCUGGGUGUGGUGGCUCAUAUCUGUAAUCCUAGCACUCUGGGAGGCUGAGGCGGGUGGAUUGCCUGAGCUCAGGAGUUCAAGACUAGCCUGAGCAAAAAAAAAAAAAAAAAAAACUAGCCUGAGCAAAUUAGCCAGGCUAAUUGUGGUGAGCACCUAUAGUCCCAGCUACUGGCAGGAGGAUUGCUUGAACCUAGGAGUUUGAGGUUGUGAGCUAGGCUCAUGCCAUGGCACUCUAGCCUGGGUGACAGUAAGACUCUGUCUCAAAAAAAAAAAAAAUUAACAGUGACAUGGCACAGAUCUUGAUCAAUCAGAAUGGAGUGGACCCUGGUCAAUGGCUGGAACUGGUCUUGGGUGCCCCUUGCUGUACAAGACACUAACACUUUAAUUAGGAGAUUGUGGGAUGUCCAGGUGCUCCCGGGGAAGAGAGCAGUGGUAGUGGAGGCAUUUAGGUGGCAAGGGUCAGUGGUAGGAAAGUAUUUCAAUAUUUUGCAACUGAUGUGAUCAUACUGGUACGUAGUAGCUGAAUAUCAGUCCUAUUUAUACUUGUUUUAUUUUUGGAACUCAAAUUCAUAUUCAAUUGUUUUGUAACUGUUAUUUGUUCAAUAAAUAUUUAUUGAUCAUCUAUUCUCCAUAAGUACUAGACACAAUGAUGA